AUGACGAUUCUGCCUGACGAGAGUCGCAUAGGAGUGAUGCCACCUGACAACAAACAUUUUAAUUGUGUCAUCUCCUUUAUAACAGAUAAACCCCAAGCUGUCCUGAGUGUCUCUCCUCAGUGGCUGAACCCUGGAGACUCAGUUACUCUGAGCUGUGGGGUUAAAGAGUCAUCUACAGGCUGGAGGUUCUUCUGGUACCAAACUGUUCCCUACAGAGCUGGGUUACUCUCCCUAUUGGACAAGUCCUACUCUGUAGAGCCUCUAUCUGGCAAUGGGACUACUGAAGACUCCUACACUCUGAUCCCUGCUGGUCCUAAUCACACAGGAGGAUAUGUGUGUAGAGCUGGGAGAGGAGAACCAGUCUAUGACACACUCUACAGUGAACCUCCGUUUCUCUGGUCAGGAGACCUGCAUCCUUCAGUGUCUCUCAGAAUAAGACCCAACAGAACUCAACACUUUACAUCAAAGUCUCUCUCACUGAGCUGUGAGGAGAAGGGGAACUCUACUGGAUGGAGACUGAAGAGAUACAGAGAGAGAGGAGUGGAGUCAGGGUGUGGCUCUAACUGGGGAUCAAUAGCAGGGUCCACAUGUACCAUCAGGUCCACACUUGAAAAGGACAGUGGAGUGUACUGGUGUGAGUCUGCAUCAGGAGAGUACAGUAAUGCUGUCAACAUCACAGUGGAUGCUGGUGCUGUGAUCCUGGAAAACCCUGCCUAUCCCAUGACUGAGGGAGACUCUGUGACUCUGCUCUGUACAAAUAGAUAUCAGGAAACAAACCCAAACCCCAAGGUUGAUUUCUACAAAGAUGGAGAACUCAUCAGGAAUGAGACCACAGGAGAGAUGACCAUCCCUGCAGUAUCCAAGUCAGAUGAAGGCUUCUAUAAGUGUAAAUCUAAUGAAGGAGAAUCACCAGAGAGCUGGGUGACUAUGAGAGGUGAGAAGAGCAGUGUG